AUGGCGUCCUCCAAAUUUUCUGGGAGCUUCAGCAAAGCAUGGGCCUCACUGCCUCACAACCAGGUCCAGACCUGCAGGAAAGCCCGGGUUCAGGUGAACUCCCGAUCGGACUGCACUGAGAUUAAGAGGCUCCUGCCAGAGUCACGCAGCGGAGUUUAUAUGAUCCAUCCUGCUGCAAGCAGAAUCCCCUUCAAGGUGUACUGUGAGAUGGGCGCCGAUGGCGGCUGGACGGUGAUUCAGAAACGCACUGGAGCUGCAGUGUCUUUUGAGCAAAACUGGGCUUCAUAUGAACACGGCUUUGGUCACCUGACGUGGGACCACUGGCUUGGUUUGAAUAAGAUUCACUGGCUGACCCAGUCCAAGAGGAUGACCUUGAGGGUGGACCUGUGGGACCAUGAAAGGAAAACUGCGUAUGCCGAGUAUAAGGACUUCAAUCUGGGGAUUCCACAGUCGAAUUAUGAACUCCGUGUUGGGAGAUACUCAGGAACUGCAGGUGAUGCCAUCCGGGGUCGCAACCCUUCUGACGGCCAGAAUGGCUACGGCUUCAGCGCGUCCGACAGAGACAACGACAACUGCCCCGUUUGCAUCAUCAGAUUUGACAUUGCUUUUGGCAAAUGUUCCGAUGUCUACGGUGGCGGCUGGUGGUUCAGCGGAUGUGGCUCCGCUAAUCUCAAUGGUCCUUACCGUUCUGGUAUGAAGCAUCAACUCUACUGGGAUACCUGGAAGGGCCAUCAUUCUCUCACGGCCACCAGAAUGAUGAUAAAAUCUGAGUGA